AUGGUAGGAGCCCUCCAGCUCCCCAAGGCACCAAUCCCUGCUAUCGCCAUUGCAGCCGCCGGUGAACCACAGGCACCGAAACUGGCAACCUUGGUCAGUGAGGCUGAGCAGGCGGCGAUCAACAUAGUGAAGCGCCUCUGGUCAGAUGAAUUUGAUGCGCUGGCACAAAGCCUACUCGUCACUGUGGUUGGGCCCGAGAUUGAGGUCUGUGAUCCCACAAAUGAAGAGGUGCUGGACAGCAACCAUGUCCUUCUGACGGCAUACUCCAAGACAAGAGAUAGGUUGACUCGGAUCUUCAAAGAUCUGAUUGGCCUGCAAAAGAUCGCCGAUGGCCAUGCCCGAGUCAUACCAGCUGUUAGAUCUCUGGCAAACGAAGUUGAGAAAGCGGAGACCAGGUCUACUGGCACCCCUCAGUAG